AUGCCGGCCUGGACCACCCUCCACGUGCUGCGGCUGCUGCGGGAGCUGCUGGCCUUCGCGCUGCUCAGCUACACGGUGCUCCUCGGGGCGCUGCUGCUGGCCGGCUGGACCACCUACUUCCUGGUGCUGAACCUGCCUGCCGACGGGAGUGCAGCCGGGCCCCGCGGCGCGGCGCGGGCGCCUGGAGCGGCCCGCAGACUUGGCUCAACCAGUUGGACUUCUGCUUGCAGGUACAGACAGUGUGUCCCUGUGGUGGUGAACUCCAAGAGACGCUGCUUCGCAGAAUUGGUAAGACCGUGGCACAAAGCUGUGGUGGCCGGGUUCGGCGUAACCCUGUGUGCCGUGCCUGUUGCUCAGAAAUCGGAGCCUCAGUCUCUUAGUAAUGAAGCAUUAAUGAGGAGAGCAGUGUCUUUGGUAACAGAUAGCACCUCUACCUUUCUCUCUCAAACCACAUAUGCAUUGAUCGAAGCAAUCACUGAAUAUACUAAGGCUGUAUAUACGUUAGUUUCUCUGUACCGGCAAUAUACAAGUUUGCUUGGGAAAAUGAAUUCACAGGAGGAAGAUGAAGUGUGGCAGGUGAUUACAGGAGCCAGAGUUGAGAUGACUUCAAAACAACAAGAAUACUUAAAGCUAGAAACCACCUGGAUGACUGCAGUUGGUCUCUCAGAGAUGGCAGCAGAAGCCGCAUACCAAACUGGAGCAGACCAGGCCUCUAUAACUGCCAGGAAUCACAUCCAGCUGGUGAAAUCGCAGGUGCAGGAAGUGCGCCAGCUCUCCCAGAAGGCAGAAACCAAGCUGGCAGAAGUGCAGACACAAGAGCUGCAUCAGAAGACACAGGAGGUAGGGAACGAGAGGGCCGACCAGGAGCAGGAGGCCUACCUGCGGGAAGAUUGAGGGCCCGAGCCAGCUGCCAUCUCCCCACCCCCUGGGGAAAGCAGGGGUGGAUGCCAUGUGCCCAGCAUGGGCACAGCUCUGCACAGAGAAGACACCCCUGGUCCUGCACUGGCCGAUUAGACCAGAAACCCUGUGAGCUGCGAGUGCCCGGCCCCUUCCCCUGCAGGCUCUGCUUCUCCUGGACCUGGUUCUUAGCCCUGGGGCACUGUACCCUGUUUAACAUUGCACACACACCCCAAAAACGUCCCACAGCACAGCUGCUCUCUCUGGCUGAUCUUACCUCACACCCAAAAGCAUUUCAUCAGCCUGGGCCAGAGGGGCCUUCCUGUCACCCUCACGUUCCUCAGCUGUUUAGCCUGUUUUUAAUCUUGUUCAGAUUUUCAAAUAUGAUUUAGUAUUUGCUCCCUCCGGAGGGAUGAGAGUUGGAGGAAAGGGGGAGCCCAUCCAGUUUUCUCUUUAAGUGUUUCUGUAAUACCUUCUUUAAUCUGGCCCCACGGCCCUGUGAGACAGCUCAGGUGGAGGCAAUGAGUCUGUUAUUAAGGAAGGAAUGCGAUGUCACCUGGUGCUUUCAACACGACUUACUCUUAACCCAGGCCUCCUGUCUGCUUGCUUGGAGUUCCUCCACUGCCUCCUGAGGAGGAUGCAUCCUCGGUCCCACAUGAGCAGGGUCUCCCCAUGCGUUUCCAGCCGCAUUUGCUCCCAUUCAAUACAUGCUGGACAAGUUG